GGAGUAGUAGUCGUGAUCUUGCUCAGGUGACGGCCGCACGGAUGCUGCUCCGCUCACCGCCGCUUGAUAAGACGCGCGUGAGUAUCGACCCGUAACUCGACGUCGUCACAUCAGAACAAGCCGGACACAACGCUUUUCACAGCGUUGUCCGAAUAAAUCACCAGGUGACCUCUCCAGCUGGCCAAGAGACAGUUGCAAGGCAUACCUGAGAGACAGAGAACUAAAGUGUUUUUGUGCAUAAUGCGCGUGUGGUUGGUCCUGCUGGUGGCAGCGGGGGCGGGCGUCGGGGCGGCUGGGGCCGUGCACUGCGUGUGCAGCAGCCCCGGCGAGUGCGAGCCCUUGACCGAGGCCGACUGCCCCCGCGGCUCGGCGCUCGUGUGGGACCCGUGCGGCUGCUGCAGGGUGUGCGCCCGCCUCGAGAACGAACCCUGCGGAGGACCAGACGGAUUCUUUGGCACCUGCGCCAGGGGGCUGCAGUGCGUCGCUGUCAACGUUAAACUCGACGGCGUCUGCAAGAGACCGCCAGAGAGGAAGAGUGGAUGCGGCUCUCGAGCCCGCGAGCGAACCGGCUGCAACAUCGUGGAGGGCAAGUGCGCGUGCGGCUCCAGCACCAUCUGCCCUGGCGACCUGCCACCUUUCACCUUCGAGAACCUCGCCGAGUGCGAGAUCAACCUAAAGAGCAGUUCAGUUGGAGGCGGAGUGUGGCUCGGCGAGGGGUGUCAGACGGCGACGGGCGAGUCGAUGGCGCACGGCGACCACUGGUGGAGCGAGGACCGCUGCAUGGACUGCCACUGCAAGCACGGCCAGGUCGAGUGCAGCGCCGCCCGCUGCGCCUCCUGCAUCAACCCGCACUACCUGCCAGGCAACUGCUGCCCUGUUUGCAAUGACUCUGACAUUCAUUUGCCGCACUGUGAGCUCUUGAAAGGAUGUACGUUGAAAUGUAAGCACGGCUUGAAGAAAGACAAGGACGACUGUUUCACCUGCGAAUGCCAUAAAAUCGACGGAGAGGAGUGUCCGCUUCUGUGUCCCGAGACGGGCUUCCAGUUGGACGCAAAGGGCUCCCAAUUAUGCGAGUGUGCCAACCACUCGCACUCCUCCGCUCCGCCGCCCUUCCACACAAACCUUGGCCCUCGCCCGUGUGUUGAUGGACUUUUACUGCGACUGGAUGGUGACCAGUGGUAUGACGGGUGCAGAGAGUGUGUCUGCAGAAACGGCACUCACCUGUGCUCCCUCCUUGGCUGUCCAAGGUGUCCGGGGGCCUCCUACUCUCUUCCUGGUGAAUGCUGUCCCAGAUGCAAUGGAAGCGCGUCUGAGGGUCCAGCAGCGUGCCAAAGCGCCGACGGCGCCGUGUACCCGGUGGGCGAGCGCUGGAAGCUGGACGAGUGCGCUUGGUGCGAGUGCGGCGAGGGCGGGCAGGUGCUGUGCGGCCAGGAGCCGUGUCCGCCGGCCGCCUGCGAGGCCCCCGUGCCGCUGGCCGACGGCUGCUGCCCCCGGUGCGCCGCCGUGGCCCACCGGCCGCCCCCGACCGCCACCGACGCCUGUCCGGCGCACCGCACCGAAGGCGAGUCGUGGCGCGACGGCGCCUGCACCUCCUGCCUCUGCGUCAAGGGUGUCACCGCGUGCUACGAGCAAAAGUGCCCGCCGCCCGCCUGCCCCCUCCCCGUCUCCAUCAGUGGACGCUGCUGUCCACUUUGCACCAACGUGAGCAAUAGCUGCGUGUCGGACAACAACACAUACAUGCCCGGCGACAGGUGGACGCGGCGCGGCUGCGAGAAGUGCGAAUGCAAAGAAGAGGGCCAGGUGGUGUGCAGCUUGUCGCCCGAGUGUGCGCCCCUCAACUGCCAAAACUCCAUCAUUGUACCUGAAAAGUGCUGUCCCACGUGUCCCUCAGAGCUAGAGGGGACGAGUAACUACACAGCGGCGUGGAUCGUGCUGGGGACGUUGAGCGUUCUGGCGGCAAUGGCGACUGGGGUGGCGUGCAUGGUGUGGCGCGGCGGCAAGUGGGCCUACCUGCAGUCGUGGUGCUGCAACAGCAAGGUGUCGAACAUGAAGAGUCCGUCGCCGACCCUGUUCUACAGCCCCGUGAAGCACCUGGAGCCCGUCGACCACAACGGCACCCCCGGCGAGUACAUGCAGGUGAACACGGAGCACGACAGCUCGCACGUGUGACUCGCCCCGCGUGCAUGAGUGAGCUUCAAUUCUGUGAUGACCGUGAGACGUGUAUGAACGAGAGCGAGAGAGAAAAAGAGAGAAAAAGAGCGCCGAACAUGCCACUUUUCCAUACAAGACUUGACCCUUAAUUUAUAAAUAUAAAUAUGUCGUAAAUCUUUGAGUGCUGUGCGUGGAUUUGAUCGAGACCGCCGCCGCCGCCGCUGCUGCUGCGAUGUGACUCGUUUUUAUUCUGUUCACUAAAUUUAAAUAAAAAGUAAACAGUAUUUGUUAAUUUAUUGCGACUGCGACACGCGGAUCCCACGGAAUUUCUGCAGACCCCGGUGCCGAUGCUGCUGCUACUGCACUUGUUUUGUACGAGCACACGUUUUUCUAACAGGGGACCACGUAUAUUCGGGAAUCGCCGUGAAUAAGAGAGUGCUGGAGAAUUUUGACUGACUCUGUACACGCGUUGGAAGUAAUUAAGGUGUUAAUUUAUUAUUUGAAUGCAAUCCAUGUUCAGGAUAUUGUGUAUAUAUAAAAUUAUAUAUCGAUGACAAAAAAGAGUAUAUAUCUAAUGUCGCUGCUGCUGUGUACAUAAAUACAAAAAGAUCGGUGUUAAUCGUUGUGGAAUAAAAUGUAAACUGACGUGGAUUUGAAAUUUGUAAAAACACGCACAUCAUUAUUUUUUAUAAUAUGCUUGACGCCACUCAUUCCAUUGAUUCACUGUGCUCUUUGUUUUCAUCUGAAAAGGAAAGUGACCAUUUGAUCCAAAAAUGUAAUUGGCUUCUUUUAACCAGAUGGUAGUCUCCUUCCAUUUAAGGCGAAUUCUCCGUUAUGAGUGGUCAGCAAUGUCAAAAAGCCAUCUGUUUUCACUUGGAAAGGUACUGCAAAUAAUUGUGGUCCUCCACCGCGUGAAAUUAAAUCACUUUUUUGACAACAAACUCGUUGACCGAACAUAACGGAAAAUUCAACUUUCAGGGAAGGAAACCUCCAUCUGGCUGAAAUUAUUUACUCCGAUGGUCGCCUCCCUUCUAAGAAAAGAAAUAAACGUUAAUUUCCCUCCUAGUUGUUUGUAGUAGACUUAUUUUUGUUGGUUUAGUGAAAUUCCGCAAAGAGGAACAAAUUGACGUGGAUAUUUUGAUUUUUUUUGUCAGCAGCCACAGACUAUAAAACAAGUUGCUGUGUAGAAAGAGGUGUGUUAAUUGUUGUGAAAUAAAAAUGGAAAAUGGCGGAGAGGAAACGCGCGCAUAGUAUGAUAUAACGAGUAUUUUACAUUCAUGUGAUUCAUCACGAGUACGAUUAUGAAAGCUAAUCUGGAAAAAUGAUCUCUUGUCUAAUUGUAUAUGGAGUAAAUUUAAAUAACAAAUUAUUAUUUUGCCACAAUUCAAAGUAUUUUUGUGAGAGAGCAGACCCGAGAGCUACGCCACAGCUUUUCUUUUUCGGCUCCGAUCCAAGAAGUGUAUUAAAUCAUUAUUGAUUCUCAUCCCCUGCAAAUUAUCACCACUUGAGUGUAUUGUUGUAUUGUUUUCGCGUAUCAAAGGCGUAGUUUCAACGGACACUAUUAAGCGAAGAAGAUGUAUUGUUGUCCAAAAAUAAAGGAUGUGUACAUUAUA